CCAAGAAGGACGGGCUCCUUCCUAAGCUGCCUUCCUCCUCUCGAGACCAGCCAGUGGCUCGGGAGGAGAAGAGCGGGGCGGGGCAGCCGGCGGUUUCCCGGCAGUCUGGGACGUAGGAAGAACGGACGGCCGAGAAAGCGGCUGGCUGGCUGGCUGGGCGCGGAGAAGUUCAGUGGGCGGCGGCCGACGAUCAGGAGCCUUCCUCGCCGCGCUCCACAGCUAGCUCAGUCGCCUGGGAACGGGGAGUUUUAAGACGCCGCUGCUGCUGCUGGCUGCCGUGGCCGGCGCCGGUUCCCCAUGGAAGUCGAGAUGCCGCAGGAUGUGACUCUGAUUGACAUUCUCUGGAGACAAGAUGUAGAUCUUGGAGCAAGGCGUGAAGUUUUUGAUUUCAGCCAAAGAAAGAAAGAAUAUGAACUUGAGAAGCAGAAAAAGCUUGAAAGUGAGAGACAAGAGCAGCUUCGGAAAGAGCAAGAAAAGGCCUUUUUUGCCCAGUUGCAGCUGGAUGAGGAAACCGGGGAAUUUAUUCCUAUCCAACCAGCUCAAGCUGUUGAAUCUGGAAAUUCUGCCAUAUCCAACAAUUAUUCACAGAGUGUACAUAUUUCCAAACAAGAUUCAGAUGAUCUGUUUGAUGACUACAUACAGAUUUUAGCAGAAACAUUUUCAUUUGUAGACGAGAGUGAGAUUUCCCCAGAUGAAUUUCAACAAGUGGCACCUUUGGAAAUGGCUGCCAACCAGGUCUUUGUUGAAUCUAAUCACAUGCAGCGGCUUGACUCAUCCGUACUUCAGUCUACAAUUCCAGAGUUAUUAGAGACAAAAGUGGAGAACACACAAGAUAUAGAACAAGUGUGGGAAGAACUCCUGUCUAUUCCAGAACUGCAGUGUCUUAAUAUACAAAAUGACAGCCUCACCGAUGUAACAUCAAACCCAUUUUCCGUAAAUACCACUUCAGAGGCAGCCUUCUACAAUUCAUUAUCUGCCAUGGAGAAAGAAGUUCUUAACUGCAGUGAAGAUUUCCUGAAACCUUUGGGAGAUCCCUAUUCCAGCAUGGGGUUGCCAGAAGAUUCCAGUCAACGUAGCACUGAUUUCUGUGAGGAUUUCUAUUCCUUUAUCGAUGUGAAGAUGAACACCAGAGUGGCUACCCCACCAUCUCAUUUUGUGGAUCAGGCAGUUGCUGGCUUUUUAAGUGAACCGAUUGAUCUUUCGGAUUUUGCUCAGUGCAAAGCUUUUAACCAGGACCUUGUAGGAAAUGCCCCAGAGUAUAAUGAUUCCGACUCUGGUAUUUCACUAAAUGCAAGUCCCAAUAUAACCUCCCCAGCUCAUUCUGUUGAGUCAUCGUCACUCUGUCAGGAUACAGGCUUUGGAUGCAGUGAUUCAGAAAUGGAGGAGAUUGAUUGCACCCCUGGAAUUGUGUCACCGAGCAAUGCCCAGAUUCAUUCAUUUCACCUGAAGGCUCCUGCCUCUCCUUCUCUGGAGCAAGGCACUCCAAAGCCUGAGUUACCGUUUACUAGUACACCUCAAAGAGAAUUGCCUGCCAAUCCUGGCCAUGUUGAAGCUCCAUUUAUGAAAGAUAAAUGCUUCAACCAGCAAGAAGCUUAUCUCACUAGAGAUGAGCUGAGAGCAAAAGCUCUGAAGAUCCCUUUUCCUGUUGAGAAAAUCAUCAACCUCCCUGUGGAUGACUUCAAUGAAAUGAUGUCCAAACAGCAGUUCAACGAGGCUCAGCUCAGUCUGAUUCGUGACAUACGAAGGCGAGGCAAGAACAAAGUCGCUGCUCAGAACUGCCGUAAAAGGAAACUGGAAAAUAUUACUGAGUUGGAGCACGAUUUGGAUUACCUGAAGGAUGAGAAAGAGAAGCUCCUGAAAGAGAAGGUGGAGAAUGACAAAAGCCUGCAGCUGCUGAAAAAGCAGCUGAGCUCCCUGUACCUUGAAGUCUUCAGCAUGCUUCGGGAUGAAGAUGGCAAGCCAUACUCCCCUAAUGAUUACUCACUGCAGCAAACCAGAGAUGGGAGCAUUUUCCUUGUGCCUAAGAGCAAGAAGCUAGAGACUAAGUUCUGAAGAUCAGGGAGACAAAAAAAAAAUAUUUCUAUGAAUAUUUUUACAUUGCAAUUUUCUAUUGAUAAGUAUCAUGUAACCCAACGUUGUCCUUUCUCAAGUGACUACAUACAUGUUUCUUUAGAGUCAAAUGUACCAAUGCCACUCAAUCAUUAGCGUAAAACAAAAUGUAUGCACAUGGGCAAUACUUCCACAAUACACUAGUUCUUCCUGUUAUAUAACAGCCACUUUAGUAGUUUUUAUCUUUUGUGUAAAUAUUUCAAGUUGUCUUAUUUAUAUACAAUUUCUAUAGUUGGCUUUAUUCAAACAAGUACCAAGCGUGAUUUAACCGCUAAUCCUACGUAUUUACAAAAUUAAUUUUAUGUCUUAAGGUACAUCGUUUUAUAAAUACAAAUGAAUUUUUUUAGUUUACAAGUGUAUUUACUUUAAUAUAGCAGCUUGAAUGUAGUGUAAACUGAUACUCCUAAUGCAGCAAUAGGACACAACCCAACCAAAGACAAGCACUUUGAAGAAUAGCUUAGAGUAGGAACAUUAAGCACAUGCUUAACAUUCUUUCAUUAAAAUUAAUGAGGCUUCAGGAACCUGAUCAUUGGAAGAUUGUUUAGAUGGUAGGAGUUUUAUACUUUUAAAGUGGUUAAAAAAAUUCUUUCAUAAUAUAGUGAAUUGUUAUGUAAAGUAUUAUGAUUUUGUUUCAGCCAAAGCUGUACAAGUAUGUGACCGAAUGCGGUUGAAUGGGGGAGUGACUCACUGGAUGAACACAGCUUAUUGUGAAUCUAAGCUUUUAUUAUCCUCACUUUUUUCCUAACUCUUAUAUUUUCAUAUAUUUGACUUGAAAUGUAUUAAAAGUUUCUGAAGCCAGAUUGGGUAGUUGAACAAGGCUUUAUUGGUGAGUUGGGGAUCUUUGGCAUCCUAAAUUUUAGGUUUUUAAGAAGAGAUUGGACAACCACUGUCUGAAAUAGUAUAGGGCAGGGGUGUUAACUCAAUUUUAUUGAGGGCUAUUUCAGGUUUGUGUUUGACCUGGGGCGGGGGCAGGUCUGGGUGGGUAUGGCCAGGGGCAUGACCAAUUCAACAUCACUCGAGACUCCAUUUUUGGCCCCCUGACAGUCUCCUGCAGUCCUCUGCCAACUAAAACAGAGCUGGGUGUGUGUGUGUGUGUGUGUGUGUGUGUGUGUGUGUGUGAAAACGGAGUCUGUUUUGGUUGGCAGAGGGCUGCAGGAGGCAGUUGUGGCCGAAAACAGAGCCUGGGAGGGCCCUCCCAAUCUCCAUUUUCGCUGGCAGAGGCACUGUAGGCUGGUCCUUCAUUGUUUCCAGGGUCACCCGCAGGCCUUGAACUUGACAUCCCUGGUAUAGGGUCUCCUGCUUGAGCAAGGGGUUGGACAGGAAGACUUCCAAGGUCCCUUUCAUUGUUCUGUUAAAUAACCCCUUGGUCAUAUUCAUAAUUUUGUAGCUUAUCUGCACUAGACAAAUAAUUGCACAAUUGGAUUUAAGUCCAGUACCCAUGCAAAGUUGGACUUUAUAUAAAUAGGAUUAUUCAAUUCUAUUAAGCAUGUUUGCAAUUUAAAAUUUAAGAGUGCAGCCAUUAUUCUAUAUUUCAGAAGAAAAAUAAACUGGGAGGUAGUUUUCAGGAAACUUUUUUUUAAAGAAAUGAUCAGUUGUCCCUUGAAAAGAGCACUGGACAGUCCUUUAGUUUGAUAUGUAAUAUUUAUCCCCAAAGGAUCUACCUAAAAGUAUCUCAAAUGAGUAUGUGCCGUCAAGCUGGUGUCAAUUCAGUGACCAUGCAGAUUUCCAUGACAAUCUGCCCCUAGCCCAGUCUUUCAGGUCUUCUAGUAGUGGCUUAUGGCCAUUGUGUCCUUCAUCCUUGCUGCUGGUCAGCCCUUUCCUCCUUUUCUUUCCAAGCAUUUUAAUGGCCCUCCUAAAUAUUAGUAAGGAUGGGAGCCAUUCUGACUUUUAGGAGCAGACUUUGGGGAAGCUAAGCGGUUCGUUUCUAGACCCUUCCUUUUACAUCCUGUUGUGUGGAAACUUGAAACAACCCUUCAGCUGAGCAGGUGCUGUAGAUACGCAUGACCACAAAGGGUUUAAAGGGAAUAAUCAGCAUCUGGGAUUGCAGCCAAAACAACUCUUAUUUCAAGACUCUUAUCUAAAAUUGCAUUAGGUUAAAAACCCACCACCUCAAAUCCCUUCGCCAGAUUUACUGAAAAUAGAUUUCACCCCGUUGUUUUUCUGUAAUGGAAUUCAGUCCAGUGUAAAGGGGAUAGGUAUCAUUGGUCAUCCAACAGGUUUUGUGCUUGAAAGAUUUGAACUUGAGAUUUCAUCUCCAAUUAAUACUGGAGAGACCAUGUUACUCUUAGCAUUGGAGGCGGCAUCGAUGAGAGUUGUUCCAUAGCAAAGUUUAAUGUUGUUGCCAGUUUAGGCUCCAGAGUGACUUCUGCAACUGAACUGGAACAGAACCAGGGCUUUAGAAUGAGAUCCACAGCAAUGAAGGCCUCCCUCUCUUUAUUAUACAGUAUCUUCUAAUCAGCCCAUUCACGAGUGUUCCCGUUUUCCCACGUUUUACUUUUGUUGGCUUUUCUUUUUUUUACAUCUUAAAACUAGUACUGUUUUACAUUUCUACCAUUAAGAAAAAUUAGCAGCGUUUUUGUGAAAAGUUUAUUGAACAAGAUGCCACUCUUUUAUGUGGUAGAAGAAACAGUACCUUAUUUGAAAGAGCCCUGCAGUGGUUAUCCUCAUGGGUUUUCACUGUAGUUUUAAGGAAGUCAGUGAUGUGGUUCAGGGUCUUCAGCUUUUUAUAUCUCAUGCCUAAUUCUUUUUAGACUCACGGAAGGAAAAAAGCAUACCCGGGUAGGGCACUGUUUUGUUCCCUUGCCUGCAAAGCAUCAGAUUACUGUUUUACAGUGAAAUUGCAAAUAUGCCAUUGUAAAAUUACUCAUUUUAUGCUCCAGAAUUAAACAGGAACAUUGGAAAAUAGUAAUGAUACAAAUCUUGGUAUUUUUCAUUCUCAGCUUAUUCAUGGGACGCUGACAUAUCAACACAAAUUACUAAUCCACAUCAGCCAGAAAUUAUUUGUGAGAGUGCUUGUUCAUGUAAGCAUGCCCUGAAGUUUUAUUCUAGUAGGAUGUGUCCUUAAGCUGAGAAAUAUCUCCUAGGCUAGAGCCAAACAUAUGCACAGAACCUGUUGUUUCAUGUGGAACUAAACGAGUAAUGUGAAUCCAACAUCUCUUUAAGUGGCUUCAAAUAUUUCAAGUUUGUGUUGUAACGAUUUAGAAGAAAUCAUGCAACUCGGUUGCUUAAUGCAGAAAUAAAUGAUGGUCCAGUACUAGAAUUGAGAUUCACUAUCAUGAUUAACUGUGUUUUAUUAUAAGCAUUUGAUUAUUACAUGCUUCAAUUUUUGCUCUCAUAGCUAUCAGUUGUAUGCAUGUUCCAUUGAAGAAUCAAAAAUUUCAAUUUAUGGAAACAGACGAUUGUUUCUUCAGGAUUAGUCAUCCUGCAGAGCAGAAGAUAAAAGCAAACGAUUUAGCACAUUAAGAAUGGUAACCUACUGAAUAUCUUAACUUUGCUAAUAGUUGAUUGAGGACCACAAGAUCCCUAUAUGCUGGCACUGUUCUAGUACCAUAAUGUAUCUAAAGCCCAUCACCAAACAGUUGGUUGAUCUCCGUCUUGUUUGGGAAAAUACUUAGCUGAGCGCAUACAAGAUUCAGAUACUCUUUUAGUAAAAUGUGAGGCACAGAGAAACAUGCACUCACCCCAUUUCCAUCUUGCUGGGGAUUGCUGAGAUUACUGUACACAUUUUAGCCUCAACCCUGUUUUCAUAAGACAAAAAGGGAGCAUAGGUGCUCUUUGCCACUCAUAGUCCUAGAAUAGCAAGACACAAUCCAUAAAUAUUCUCUAAUAUUCAGUUGCAAUUAGCCACAGUUCCUAUUUACUAUAACAUAACAAUUUGUACAUUUGAUGCUACUGUAGAUAGGUACAGAAAUUAUAAGAUGCUUAGAAAUUCAUAACUUGUGAGUUAAACUGAGAUGCUGACCAGCCAAAAAAUGCAGACAAUCCAGAAUCACAAUCCUACUCUUACAGGCAGAAUAACAACAGAAUAAGGCAAAUGAAUUUCAGUAUUAGAUUAUACAAUUAAGGUUUACAGAAUGAGUUUUUAAAAUAUCCUUUAAAACCCCCAGAAACUCAUUUUAAAGAUUUGUUACCUGAAAAUUAAUUUAGAGGGCACAUCAAGUAUUCCAGGUGAGAAUGUUACUGAUUUUCUUGCCUGCAAUUUGGCAAUUAGAAACAUUACCAAUAGGAAUCCAGCAACACUAACUUUAAUAUUGGCUACUUUUCUAACUGAAAAACCACACAAGUAAUAAAAUCAGGAUUUUCAGGUUGUAUGAAAGGUUAUGUGCUUUUUUUUUAUUUGCCUGAUGUACGUAAUUAGAUAUGUUCAACAAUCUGUGAUGCAUCAUACACCUUUCUUACCAAAAUCACUGGGAAAUUAUCCCUCCACAAUACAAGUGAUUCCUGACAAAUUUUGGUAACAGUGUUAGGAAGCUAUAUGCCAGAAGCAUGCAAAAAGCAACCAACCACUGUUCUUAGUGUUCCCAAAAGUAAAACAAAAUAAUUUGUUCCAUUGCUUUCCAUAUUCUGCUACAGUUAACAACUUUUUGUUCUAGGUAAGCAGGGUAAUAAAGCUUGUUUCAAGGAGUACCCAUUUUUCCUAUGCUAAAACAAAGGUUGUUUCAUCAGGAGAAAAAAAAAAUCUCAAUGUAUUGAAAAUGUUUUGUUUCAAGCUCACUUCCCCUCCCCCCACAUUCAUGCUGAUAUAUGAUGUUGCGUGCAAAUUGCCUAUGCCUACUGUAUAAAAAAUGAUAAACCCCACUGGAGACCACUAUAAUUUUUUGACCCAUUCACCAGUCACGAAUUUAGCUGAAGACAAAGGAUUUUUUAAAAAAAAGGUUACUUCUCAUUAAUUGGUGGAUAUUUGAUCCCCCACCCCUCGGUCACAUAGAUAUGGUCUCCAAAACUCCAAAAUCUUAAAUUAAGCCUCAUCCCCAGCAAGGUCCAAUUAUUAAUCCACCCACUUCUAUAACAGCUGUCUGAAGUACUCUGAAUGGUAGACUUUUAGACCUAAAUGCCAAUUAGAUGAUUUAAUAUGCCCACCCACACUGAUUUGAAUACAAUAAUAAAUAUUCCAUAUAUUUCACA